AUGGAUAAUGGAAAAAAAUUGUUAGAAUCUUAUCCAAAGUUGCAACGAGAAUCUAUGAUUGAAAUACUUAAAUACGGUGUGUCUACGUUGAUGAGGAUUAAGCAUCCAAAAAUAGUAUCAGUUCUUCAGCCUUUAGAGGAAUCACGUGAAAGUCUUGCUUAUGCAACGGAACCAUUGUUUACUUCACUAAAUAGUGUAUUGACAAGAGACUCUUCAAAAAUUAGACAGCCAAACGAGUCUAUGGAUUUUUCUUUAUCAGAUACUGAGAUUAAAUAUGGUUUGGUGCAGCUUGCAGAGGCACUGAAUUUUUUACACUCUGAUUGUCAUCGUUUACAUUUAAAUUUGGCUCCUGAAUCAGUAGUAAUCAAUCGUUUUGGUAUUUGGAAGCUUGGUGGGUUCGAAUUUUCAAAAGUAGCAGACCAGAACGAAAAAUCAGGACAAUCUCUUACCAAAAUACCUCUUUGGCAGUCUAAUUUAAUGCCUACUUGCCAACUAAAUCUUAAUGCUAGUAGCCCUGAGGCGAUCCUUCAGGGUGAAGUGACUGGUGCAAGUGAUAUGUUUUCGCUUGGUCUUUUAAUCUGUGCACUAUUCAAUCGUGGCAAAUCCAUUUUGGAUGUUGGAGAUGAUUAUCACGCUUACAAACGAACGGUUAAACAACUCCCAUCAUUAUUAUCCAGCAAAGGAUUGGAUUUACCGAAUAAUCUGAAAGAAUAUGUCAAAAUGAUGCUGUCAUCAGAUCCACAAAUUCGACCAGAUGCUGUACAAUUUUUAAGAACAACAUAUUUUGAAGACGCAUCAAUGUCAGUUUUACGAAGUGUGGAUAAUAUGUAUCAAUUGGAUAAUUUAUCUAGAUCACAGUUUUAUAAAUCUUUGCCGAAUUCUAUUCAUGCUUUGCCAAAACGUUUAUGUCUGUUUCGUGUUUUUCCACAAAUCGCUGAAGAUUUUUCCAAUCCACAUAUGGUACCAUUUAUUCUACCAGCUGUUUUACAAAUUUUGGAUUUAGUUACACAAGACGAGUUUAUUCAAUAUAUGCUACCACGUCUUAUUCCUGUAAUGUCAAUGAAAGAACCUAUACAAAUUAUCUUAAUAUUUUUACAAAAUUUACAUAUAUUAAGUGAGAAAUUCCCAAUCAAAGAGUUUCGUAAUUAUGUUCUACCAAUGUUACAGUUAGCUUUGGAUAUUGACAAUAAGAUGAUACAGGAAUUAUGUCUUAAAUCUUUACCAACUAUUGGAAGAGCAAUGGACUUGACUGUAUUAAGAAAUUCUCUCAUUCCACGAAUACAACGUUUAUGUUUAUCCACAGAAUAUUUAUCUACACGUAUGAAUUGUCUUCUCUGCAUUGGAAAAUUACUAGAUCAUUUAGACAAAUGGAUUGUAAUGGAUGAUAUUCUUCCAUUUUUACAACAAAUUAAAUCACGUGAACCAACUGUUUUGAUAGCUAUACUGGGUAUAUAUCGCUUAGCGUUUAGUCAUGAAAAACUGGGCAUCAGUCGAGAAAAACUAGCUAAUAAAGUAUUGCCUUAUCUUAUCCCAUUAUCCAUCGAAAGCAGUUUAAAUUUAAAGCAAUACAGCGCUUAUGCAUCAUUAAUACGAGAUAUGUGUUCAUAUUUGGAACGUGAACAAUAUGCUAAAUUAGAGCAAUUGCAUGGUGCUGCAACUGAUGAGGACAGCAUGAUAAGAAUUGGUAAUAUCGAUGAAAGUGUCUGGGCCACAUCCAAUUCCUGUUCAGAUUUGAUGACUCGAAUAAUUUGCGCUUAUUUGGAUGAUACUGAUCAAUACGUAAAACGUAGUUCUGUACCAACAACUUUAACUGUAAAUUCAAAUAACAGUAACAAUACAUCGCCUAAAUCAUCUACAGGAACAUCUUCAAUUCAAGGAGUCAAUGGUUCGAUAACCAAUGAAAGUACUAAUCUAAGCUUAGAACAAAAACGUCAAUUAGCUGCUAAACAAGAUCAAAUUGACGUUUAUCGUCUAAUUUAA